GGAAAAAGCUUUAGCAGUUCAUCCAUGGUUAGCCUGAGAGCUCUCUGUUGAAACUCCAAGGGAUUUUCUCUUCUUCCUUUUACUUAAACCAUGGAAGUGACAAUGGAUCCGUUAUUUCUGGCGUGGAGCUACUUCCGGAGAAGAAAAUUUCAACAAUGCUCUGAUAUUUGUUCGAAAAUAUUAGAGGACAGUCCCUAUGAUCAGGACGCUGGCUCCUCAAUGCUUAUUUCUGAGGCUGCGUGGAGUCUGAAGACGCGAGCCCUGACCGAGAUGGUGUACAUAGACGAGAUCGAGGUGGACCAGGAAGGAAUCGCUGAGAUGAUGCUGGAUGAGAGCUCCAUCGCCCAGGUUGCUCGACCUGGGACAUCUCUGAGACUCCCAGGAACCAGUCACGGUGCUGGACCCACUCCCGCUGUCAGGCCCAUGACGCAGUCGGGACGCCCCAUUACAGGGUUCGUAAGACCCAGUACCCAGUCAGGGAGACCCGGUACCAUGGAACAGGCCAUCAGGACCCCACGCACGGCCAGCACGGCCCGGCCCAUCACCAGCGCCUCCGGGAGAUUUGUUCGCCUGGGAACGGCGUCCAUGUUAACUAAUCCAGAGGGACCAUUUAUACAUUUAUCAAGACUCAAUUUCUCCAAGUAUUCCCAAAAGCCCAAUUUAUCCAAGACUCUCUUUGAGUACAUCUUUCAUCAUGAAAAUGAUGUGAAAAAUGCUUUAGAUUUGGCUGCUCAGGCUACUGAGCAUGCUCAGUUCAAAGACUGGUGGUGGAAGGUUCAGCUGGGGAAAUGCUACUACAGACUUGGUUUGCAUCGCGAAUCAGAGAAACAGUUCAGAUCUGCACUCAAUCACCAUGAGGCGGUCGAUACUUACCUCUAUCUUGCCAAGGUGUAUCAGCGUAUCGACCAGCCAAUCACAGCGCUGAACCUGUUCAAGCAAGGCCUGGACCGCUUCCCAGGAGAGGUCACCCUACUCACGGGAAUCGCACGCAUUCACGAGGAGAUGAACAACAUUCCCUCAGCCACAGAGUACUACAAAGACGUCCUGAAACAGGACAAUACUCACGUGGAAGCCAUCGCCUGUAUCGGCAGCAACCACUUCUACACGGACCAGCCCGAGAUCGCACUGCGCUUCUACAGACGGCUGCUCCAGAUGGGGGUGUACAACUGCCAGCUGUACAACAACCUGGGCCUGUGCUGCUUCUACGCCCAGCAAUACGACAUGACGCUGUCGUCGUUCGAGAGGGCCCUGGCACUGGCGGCCAACGACGAGGAGCAGGCGGACGUCUGGUACAACAUCGGCCACGUGGCCGUGGGCAUAGCAGACUUGACACUAGCCUAUCAGUGCUUCAAACUGUCUUUGGCCUUCAACAACGACCACGCCGAGGCCUACAACAACCUGGCCGUGCUUGAGCUGCGCAAGGGUCGCGUCGAACAGUCCAAAGCCUUCCUCCAGACCGCUGCAUCCCUGGCCCCUCACAUGUACGAGCCUCACUUCAACCUCGCCACUCUCUCUGAAAAGAUUGGAGACCUGCAGAGCAGUUACACGGCAGCCCAGAAGUCUGAGGACGACUUCCCGGAGCACGUCGACACGCAGCAGCUCCUCAGAGACCUGCGGCAGCACUUCGCUGCGCUCUGAGACCCCCAGGGUUCAUGUAGCCUAUGGUCCCGGCCCGUAUUGGUAGUGGAACGCCCUCUGUCUGGACAAUGGUUGUCAUGCUAACAUGUAAAUAGUAAAGGAAAAUAAUUAUGAAACAGAUAUUUAUUGUUAUAAAUUGAAUACAUGAUUUGAUAUGAGAUUGUAUUUCCAUAGUUUCAGAGAUAUAUUGUCAUUUUUAUGUACUCCAUUCAGAUAAAUGUGAAAACAUGUGUGUGUGAUUAUAAUUUAUUCUUUAUAGACAGAGGGCAAAAUUGUGAGUGUAAUGCAUUUUAGAUAUGUUACUUUAUUCUCUUCAGCCCUGCAGUGUUCUUUAGUCCUCCUAAAGUGACCAAACUGUUCACAAGAAGCAGCAGGGAGUCCUUAUAGGCCCUUUCUUUGGGUUUUAUGGACUUCCAGCCUGUGCAAACAGAAUUGUUUCAUUUGAUACAAAGUACAGAAUUGCAGGCCAUCUAUAGUGCCGUAACCUGGUUUUGGAUUAAAAUGAUAACUGACCCUGCAGAGGCUAUGCUUGCAAUAAACUACACACAAGUAUA